AUGAAAGUGCAGCAGUGCUGCAACUCAGCAGACAUGGGGAUCCCGGUUACAACCGAAGAAGAGCUGCGCAGAAAUACCGUAAUAACGCCCGAUGAUGUGCUGGGGCUCCAGAAGAUCACCAAGAAUUAUCUUUGUUCUCCAGAAGAAAACGUCCACAUGAUCGACUUCACCAGGUUUAAGAUCCGUGACAUGGAAACAGGGACAGUCCUGUUUGAGAUCACUAAACCUCCAACACCAGGAGAUAAAAAGCAUUGUGACCCCAACGCCGGCCGGUUCGUGCGAUACCAGUUCACCCCAGCCUUCCUGCAGUUGCGACAGGUUGGAGCCACGGUGGAGUUCACAGUGGGCGAUACCCCCAUCAACAACUUCCGUAUGAUCGAAAGACACUACUUCCGCAAUCAGCUGCUCAAGAGCUUUGAUUUCGAGUUUGGCUUCUGCAUGCCCAGCAGCAAGAACACAUGCGAGCAUAUCUACGAGUUCCCCGCACUGUCAGAGGAAAUCAUGCGAGAGAUGAUCCUGCAUCCUUACGAGACGCAGUCUGACAGCUUCUACUUUGUGGACAACAAGCUGGUGAUGCACAACAAGGCGGAUUACUCCUACAGUGGGGGGCCUUAGGAAGACACCCCACCCUCCACCCUUUCACUCCCCCUCUGUUCUAGACAUUUUCCAUGAUCCAGGCACCACGUCUGACCACAACUGAUGGACAAACCACUCUCGUCUCGCUCCUGUUACUUUAACAUGCUAUUCCAAUUCAGGUAUUCAGUCACGUUUCUCCCUCUCUUUUGCAGGAACAUUGAAU